AUGAGUCUGAACCUGGGGAGAGGUGUAGAGCCUGGUGAUGCCGUGCCUGCCAUGGGGAAUCUCAGAGUGGUUAUCAACCUGAAGACAAACAAUAGUCGGAUAAACCUUGAGGUCAUCUCCUGUUGCUUGUCCCCGACUAUCCAGCCUGAUCUCACCAACUCCACCUGCUGCCUUUUCUCCAGGUUAGCAGCAGAGCCAGCGGGGAUCACACUGCUGCCCAGUGCCCUGUCAACCACUGCCAGCUUCUCCAUCAGUCUCUUCCAAAUGAUUAAUUACUCAGUAGUGUACCUUCACUGUGAUCUCAGUGUCUGCCUGAGGAACCGCUCUGACUGUGAAAGGCAGUGCCUUCAGCAGAGGGGUGCAUUUCCCCUAGAGGGUCCACAGGCUGUUGUCACCAAUCUCAGGAAUCGCAUAUCCUUUGGUCCCAUGUUGAAAGAAGUGAAGAAUUCUACCUUCCUGGAGGAGAUAGACCCAUCAGAGCUGGACCUGGUUCUGGUCAUUGUCAGCCUGGUGGCUGGCUCCUCUCUUGUCACAGUGACACUGCUGCUGGUGUGGCUGGCCUACCGUCGCCAGGCAAUCUGGCUGCUCCACUCGCCAGCUCCACCACGAGUGUGCUGUGGCUGUCUGCGGCCAAGAGGUGACUUGAUCCUACCGUGACCAAGGAG